AUGCCCAACUUGGAAAUCUUGGACUUGAGGCGGAAUCUCGUUCAAGGACACAUUCCACCCGAGAUAAGUAAUCUUAUAAAUCUAAGGAUACUUCGUCUGGCAUUUAACCAACUUUCUGGUUCUGUCCCUUCAGUCAUUUACAACAUUUCCUCCCUACACAUGAUUUCUCUUACAUCUAACAGUCUAUCUGGCAGUUUACCUGAAGAUAUAUGUCGCCAUCUUCCAAAUCUUGAGGCAUUUUACUUGACCUUAAACGAGUUUUCUGGUCAAAUUCCAUCAAGUAUAGAUGAAUGCAGGUGUCUUCAAAUUUUAACAUUAAACUUUAACAGAUUCAGUGGCAGCAUUCCAAGGAGUAUUGGAAAUUUAACGAGGCUCAAAGUGCUAUACUUGGAUGGAAAUAAUUUGGAAGGCUGA